UCCAGAUGGACGAAAAAAAAAAAUUGACCUACGUCACGUUUGACAUUGACGUGUGCACGUUAAAAAUUCACUUCACUGUUUUAACAUGUUUAAAUAAAUUAUUUAUCCCCUAAAAUCAACCAGUUUGUAUUCUUAUUUCCUCGAACCACUUACAUGAGCACAUAAUAAUGGCUACUUCAACAAUAUUGCGCGUAAAACGUCGGCUUGAGGACAAUCCGCAGGAUGCCUUGGUUCUCAUGUGCAAGCGCAUGAAAACUGAUGCUGAAGAGGUUUCCCCGUCGCUGUUUGUGUUUAGGGGCACAGUUGACAAUCAGGAAACUGCAAAUGUAAAAGAUAUAGUACCAAAAACAGAUGUAAAAUUGAAAUCUACACACAAUGUCAGUGAUAUUAUUGACAAACUCCGUAAAGAAAGAAAAGUGGUUUCAUCUGAAAACAGAUAUGAAGUGGUAAAUUGCCACCGAGGCCUGAAACAAGCCUCGGACAAGUUCGACCUGGUUGACCUGGCGCGGAAGGACCAGAAUGAGGAUGAGCAAUAUGCUUAUGAUCUGUACACCGCUGCCAAGCAGGACUUUGAUAUAUCCAUGUUGGAUAAUUUAGUCAGUAUAGAACACUACGAAACAGACUUAAUAUUCGGCACGUACCGCGACAACGGCGAGCAGUCGUCGGACGACGCGGACGACGAAGACGACUCCAACGACGAGAACAACUGGCGGAACGACUACCCGGAGGAGGAGGAUGGGGAGAGCAGUAUCGAUGAGGAGGAUAUGGCGCGCGCUGUGGAGAGGUGCGGGAUAGAAUCCGAUCUCUCAAGUGAUGCUGGCGAAGACCGCAUUUACGAUGGUCCCCCAGACAUAAACAAUGAAGAUGUGCUUCGCUACGGGGCGGCCUAUGCGGCCUAUAAGGCGCGCGUUUUGGCCGCUCCGGGGAAAGAGCCAGGGAAGGAAUUUGCGUACUGCAGGGAAAUUGACGAUGUAGACGCGAAGGGCUACAAAGAAGACAGCGACGACGGGUUCUACUACGGCCAGGAGGAGGAUUCCAAACAGUUUCGGGAGCAGUACUCCUCUGACGAACCGGACUGAAGUUUAUGAGGUUAGCUAUAAGAUCUUGUGAAUAUAAGCGUUUUGUUCUA